AUGCAGCCCUUCGUCAACCACUACCCCACUACACCACUCAAACACUUCAAGAAAUUCUUCGCCAAUUGCGUGCUGACAGCUGCCGUCCAGUCACCCAAACAACACGCUAUAACCCGCAUCCACAAACACAACAUGUCUUCUGGAUUCAGCAACACCGACACCGGCUCCAAGAAUGCCGACCCCUACACACAGAAGAACAAGGAGGAGCCUUCCUUGAAGGAGAAGGUUGAGGACCUCCUCAGCUUCGUCGACAAGACCAAGUUCUGCCUCUUGACCACACACGUCGCAGACAGUGAUCUGUUGGCUUCAAGAGCUAUGGCUGUAGCCGCCAAGGAAGCAAACGGCCUCGAUAUCCUUUUCCACACCAACACCGAGUCUGGCAAGACCGACGAUCUCAAGGAAGACUCUUCCGUCAACAUUGGUUUCAUCAACAACUCUGGCGAGUGGGCGUCCAUCUCCGGCAAGGCGACCAUUGAGACAGACCGCGCUGUUGUCAAGAAGCACUACUCACCAGCUCUGAAGGCUUGGAUUGGUGACCCUUGGUGAUGGCAAGCAACGAUGGGUGGUCCAGAGGACUCCCGUAUCGGCAUCAUCUCGUGUCAAGGUCAGCACUGCUCAGUAUGCUACAUUCGGAGAAGACUCAGAUCGGGCGGAUUCAUCGAGCUGGCAAAGGGUGUUGCUACGGAAGAGUCCCCAAGCGUGAACAAGCUGAGCACAUCGGCGAGGUAGAGUUUCAGCAAAUGGAAGUCGCAGUAGAAUAUAACGGAGCCCGUUCCCGCAUUAGAAUAAUUGCCGGCACCUACAAUGACCGGAGUCUUGAGCAGAAGACAGUUAAAAUGAAAUCACAUUGAACAAAAAA